UUCUUCGACAGAAAUGUUUCCCGUUUGCCCUUUUUCUUUUUUUAUUUUGAUUUUGAUUUUAUUUUGAAACAUAAAAAAGUUUCCGUUUCCUCCAACAGGGAUUGGUUCCUGCAAUUUCAGCGAUUCGCUCGAGCUUCUCUUCCUCGUCUUUGACAGGAGUUUCUUUCAUUAGACUGCCGGAGUAUGACCGGAGGAGAUCCGGCCACGGGCGAAACCGUCGUAGAAUGGCCUGUAGUGCAAUGGUCCAGCAAGCAAUGCUGGGAGGAUCUCCGGCUACUUAUGCUAAAGAGAUGGAACGACUUUCUGCUAAGGAAUCUCUGCUUCUUGCUUUUAAGGAUGCUGGGGGUUUUGAGGCUCUCGUUACAGGAAAGACAACAGAUAUGCAACGAAUUGAUGUGAAUGAGAGGAUAACUGGUCUUGAGAGGCUCAAUCUAACACCAAGGCCUACAACGUCUCCCUUUCUAGAAGGUCGAUGGAACUUUGAGUGGUUUGGGUUCAGAAGCCUAGGACUUUUUGCUGCUAGAAUCAUAUUUGAGAGAUUCCCUUCGACAUUUGCAAAUUUGUCAAAAAUGGAUUUGCUUCUUAAGGAUGGAUAUGCAAAGGUUACAGCACACUUGAAACUGCUUAACUCGAUAGAAAGCAAAUUUAUUCUUUCCACCAGGGUAUCUGUUCAGGGACCACUACGAAUGAAAGAAGAAUACGUUGAGGCGAUACUUGAAUCGCCAACUGUUGUUGAAGAAACAAUACCAGAACAGUUGAAAAGUGUAUAUAGUCAGGCUCUUACUACUGCCCAGCAACUUCCAGUUCCUAUUAGGGAUGCAGUGGCCAGUGGACUGAGAGUCCCUCUGAGUGGGACAUUCCAGAGACUGUUCAUGAUUUCUUAUCUUGAUGAAGAGAUCCUUAUAAUUAGAGAUACUGCUGGAAUACCUGAAGUUCUUACUAGGUUGGAUGCAACCUCGUCUGGCAUGGCGGAAACUAACCCAAACUAUGGGAACUAGCAUGUCAUAUACAUGUCCUAGAACUGUGUCUUUGUUUUUAUCUCUAGUAAUUCAAUCUCUUAAUGUAUUGUCAUUCCUGUUUAACCGUGUUCGACAUUCCUUUAAGUCAAAUAGUGUAUCAAAUUCUUGAAUUCCACAAGAAAAUUCAUACAUUCAACUUAUAAUUCAUAGUACAAUUCAUUUAUUGUUAGGAUCAUCAGUCAAAAUCCCAAGAUCAUCCUAAAAUCGGUCCAAAUCAAUAGAUCAAAUUAUAAAUGGGUGAAAUUGGA